AUGUUCCUAUUCACAGGUAAACGCAAAUCACGUCCCGGUUGUCCAGUGGUUCUACCACUACCACCUCCUCCAGAACCACCUGUUGAACCAACUCCACCCCCAACCAAGAUUUUACUUCUCGGAACCUUUGAGAGUGGAAAAAGUACCAUCCGAAUACAGACACGACUCCUCUUUGGUCAUGUAUUUUCAACGAAAGAAAAGAUCAAAAUCAAAGUAUUCAUCAUUCGAAACAUUAUUGAAAAUAUGAGACAAAUGCUACGAGCCACUCAAACGCUCCAUCUGGACAUGUCCACGGAAGAGAAUCGACAGCGAAAAGAAAAGAUUUUAGCCAUGCACCCUCGUGUGUUGUUGAAUCCAAAAGAUGACAUUUGGAAUGAAACACUCGUUCAAGAUCUUGAAGAAUUGUUGAAAGAUCCUGCCAUUCUUCAAGUUCUUGCGAGAAGAAAUGAAUUUAUCAUUCACGACUGUGCCACUUACUUUUUUGAUCAUUUACAUCGAAUUGCAAAUAAGGAUUAUGUUCCAUCGAUGAAGAUUUGA